CCGGGAAUCCGCCACCGCCUUAAAGGAGCCACGAUAAAGGCCCCGCCACGACCGGGCCCUGAGACCUCCACCUCCAGAAAUGUCAGAGGAAGGAGAAGAUAACCUUGUCCACGCAACUGGCGCCCAAGUCAGAGAAAGCGGCCAGUGGUGUCUUCAUCCAAGGAUCCUCUUGGAACCGCAGGAGAAAGAGCCCGUCGACCCGAAGAAGCUUGUGAUCCAAAAGCUAAAGAGCACUUGCGAGUGUUCCGUGGCCAAAGUCAAAGACCACGUCUUGAGUUUCCUCCCCGUCCUGCGAUGGCUCCCCAAAUACAGGUUAAAAAAAUACAUCCUAGGAGACGUCAUGUCCGGAUUGAUCGUGGGCAUCUUGCUGGUCCCUCAGUCUAUCGCGUAUUCCCUCCUGGCUGGUCAGGAGCCCAUCUACGGGCUGUACACCUCUUUCUUCGCCAGCAUCAUUUAUUUCCUGCUGGGAACCUCCCGCCACAUUUCGGUGGGGAUCUUUGGCGUCUUGUGCCUGAUGAUCGGGCAGGUGGUGGACCGCGAAGUGCACAGAGCCGGCUAUGACGCGGAGCAGGUGAUCCGGGCGGGCGGCCCGCCGAACGGCACCGCCGCGCCUUGGGCCGCGAACCGGACGUCGGAACUCGCCUGCGACCGAAGCUGUUAUGCCAUCACCGUGGGCGCCACCGUGACGUUCGUCGCCGGAGUCUACCAGGUCGCCAUGGGCUUCUUUCAGGUGGGCUUCGUGUCCGUCUAUCUCUCCGACGCUUUGCUGAGUGGUUUUGUCACCGGAGCCUCCUUCACCAUCCUUACGUCCCAAGCCAAGUAUCUCCUGGGCCUGAACAUUCCCCGGAGCAAUGGCGUCGGCUCGCUCAUCACCACUUGGAUACACAUCUUCCAAAACAUCCACAAGACCAACGUCUGUGACCUCGUCACCAGCGUCCUGUGCCUCCUGGUUCUGGUCCCCACCAAAGAGCUCAACGAGCACUUCAAGGCCAAGCUCAAGGCGCCGAUUCCCGUGGAGCUGGUCGUCAUCGUGGCCGCCACGCUGGCCUCGCACUUCGGCAGACUGAAGGAGAAGUACGGCUCGAGCGUGGCCGGGCACAUCCCCACCGGGUUCCUGCCCCCGAAGGCGCCGGACUGGAACCUGAUCCCCAACGUGGCCGUGGACGCGAUAGCCAUAGCCGUCAUCGGCUUCGCCAUCACCGUGUCGCUGUCCGAGAUGUUCGCCAAGAAGCACGGUUACACCGUCAAGGCGAAUCAGGAGAUGUACGCCAUCGGUUUCUGCAACAUCAUCCCCGCCUUCUUCCACUGCUUCACCACGAGCGCCGCUCUGGCCAAAACGCUGGUCAAAGAGUCCACGGGCUGCCAGACCCAAGUCUCCGGGGUGGUGACCGCGUUGGUCCUCCUCUUGGUCCUCCUUGUGAUCGCCCCCUUAUUCUAUUCCCUGCAGAAGUGCGUCCUGGGGGUGAUAACCAUCGUCAAUCUCCGGGGGGCCCUGCGGAAGUUCUCGGAUCUCCCCAGGAUGUGGAAGCUGAGCAGGAUCGAUACGGCGAUCUGGUUCGUCACCAUGUUGGCGUCCGCUCUGGUCAGCACCGAGAUCGGCCUCCUGGUCGGGGUGUGCUUCUCCAUGUUCUGCGUCAUCCUCCGCACUCAGAAGCCGGAGGCCCCCUCGCUCGGCUGGGUGGAAGAGUCGGAGACGUACGAGUCCACCGCCGCCUACAAGAACCUCCUGACCCCACCGGGCAUCAAGAUCUUCCGUUUUGUCGCCCCGCUCUACUACAUAAACAAAGAGAGCUUCAAAACGGCGCUGUUCAAGACCACCGGGAUCGACCCGGCCUCGGUGAUCGCAGAGAGGAAGGCGGCGGCGAAGAGGAGGCUCAGAGAGGACGCGGUGACUUUCAGCUGCAGCCAAGAGAAAGUCUCCGCUCAUCUCGUUCACGAGCCGCUGGCUCACCACACCGUGGUCGUCGACUGCGGCGCCGUGCAGUUUUUAGACACGGCGGGAAUCGCCACCCUCAAGGCCGUCCGCAAGGACUACGAGGAGAUCGGCAUCCAGCUUCUUCUGGCCCAGUGCAAUCCCUCCGUUAGGAAGUCCUUGAGCUCGGGCGACUACUGCAAGCCGGGAGAGGAGGACCUCCUCUUCCAUAGCGUACACGACGCGGUGUGCUUCGCCCUGGAGUCCCACCCUCCGAAGGGACAGUGUGCUUCCAAUGGGAUGUACGCUCCCGGCGAUUAGACACCGGUGAGGGGCUGGGAAGACCCCAAAUCGAGCUCCUUCUGAAGACACUGGGGUCGCUAUUUGGGGGGAGGGAAAUGCAGGCUGGCCUGGCAGAACUCAGAGCUACGCAGGAUGAAAGGGGAAACGUAAUCCGGGUAUACGGAUUUCUAUCAAGGAAGAUAGAAGAUAGAUAAGCGCUCAGUACAGUGCUCUGCACACAGUAAGCGCUCAAUAAAUACGAUUGAACGAAUGAAUGAAUAGAUGUCCAUGUGGGAAUGUAGGGGUAAAUAGGUAUGUGGGAUGUGGGGGGUUUCAGGAGGUGUGGAUGGACGGACAGCCAGGGAGUGGCCUGGGGAGAGACGGCUGCAGUCGGCCUAACGGUUUUCUACGUUUGAGCUCCAUUUUAUUCCUCGCCAUUUUUCUAGACCGGAUUGUUUGAACCUCAGCCUCUGAUUGUGACUUCCCCUUCGUUCCCCGCCCCUUAUCCUGAAUAGCCAGCGACCUGUUUAAAUUGGUCUCGGACACAUUGCCAAAGAUGAGCUCUUUUCUAAUCCCCUCUCUUUAGGAUCGAUCGAGCUCCUGUCAUUUCAAGGAAGGGGCCACUCUCAAGCAGUGGAAGUUGUGCCCGUUAGAUGGGCUCAGAAGCAGCGGUUUGUAGCGGGCAGGAGUAUUUUAGUACUGCAGUGCUAAGGAAGGGGACUCCGAGCAUCAAUUUUGGUAGGCCAAAAUAUCUGUCCCUGAAAUACAUCUGUGCCUUGAAUUGAAUCAGGUGUUCUGUGGCACUGAAACACACCCAUUUCUUCCACAGUGUGAGUCUUUACUAUGUGUUUUGGCAAAGUAGACAGCAUUCUUCCCCCACCACGCAAUGGGUAUCGCGCUCAUCAUGUCAGAAGAAUCGGGUGUGUGCAUGGUAUCGGACAAGGUACCCGUAUACUGGAGCACAAGGAAAACUGAAUGUAUUGGUACUGUGAUGCUCUUCAAGAUGUAUAUUGCUGAAUUAUAUUUUGGGGCCUUCUGUGCAAAAAAGCUAGAAGCCCUUGCUCUUUAAAAAUUAGUUACCUUUUAGAGAAAGCAAAAAUCCACUUGUUGAGUGACAGGAAAUUUUAAGAUUUUACAGCGCUCCUUCUGGCUUUAGGCAACGACUGGGAGAUUCUGAAUUUACGGAGAAACGAUGAUUUUUCUGAGACUCUUUUGGACCCGACCUUGGUUUUCCUGUCAGCAGGAUCCUCUGCCUGUUUUGUCAAGGGGAUUUUCCAAUCCCUAGGGGUGGUUUCAAAGCUCUACAGGGGGUAGCAGUCAUUAGAGGGUUCAGCCAUUAUGGGAAUCCUUGGGGAGCCCAUCCUCAGCAGGUAGGCAGGCUAAAGCUGGGACAGGAGAUUUCCUUGUUUAGUGUCCUGGGGACAUCUGCUGCUGUUCUCUUCUCCACCGGGAAGACAGCUUAGCACCGGUGAGUGUUUCUCUGUUUAUGGUAGGUGGAGGGAUGUGUGGGUUUAUCUGCCGGUGGUAGUUGGGUGGCAGGGGGAGGCGUAGAGAUUCUACUGGUGAAAUCUUGAGGCCACGGAGGUACACUUUUUCUAUAGUGGUUGGGAAUCGCCGGCCUGGGGGUGGUAAAAACCGGCUUCAGUCCGAUCAUCCUUGCGUACUGUAGAAAUAAAAAUUCAACAAUCGGACCGAAUGGAAGAGGGAAGCUAGCGUGAAGCUGAAAACAAUCAGGUGUUUUCCUAAAACCCUGCCAGGCAACGGUUGUCAUUCAUCAGGAAUACCCAAAUCGCUUUUCGCCUGUGUCUCCAAAAAAGCUAAACUUUGUCGUAAAAAGACUUAAAUUUUAAUCUUUUUAUAGAGUCACGUUUCUUCCGUUAAUAGGGCACAGAAUUUUAAUAGCUAUCCUUUAAGACUUCAAUUUUAAUCUUUCUAUAUAGAGUCACAUUUCUACCGUUAAUGGGGCACAGAAUUUUAAUGGCUAUCCUUUGACUUAAAUUUUAAUCUUUUUAUAGAGUCACAUUUCUACCAUUAAAAGGGCACAGAAUUUUAAUAACUAUCCUUUAAGACUUAACUUUUAAUCUUUCUAUAGAGUCACAUUUCUACCGUUAAUGGGGCACAUAAUUUUAAUAGCUAUCCUUUAGAAUAUUGUUCAAGUAGAAAAACAAUGAUUAGUAAUGUUGGAGUUACCGUUGUUCAAACUGCCGGCUCCUUGGGAUGCUUUUUUUCCUCAUGGCUUUUUAAAACCGGGACUGUAAGAGGGUUUGUUCAGUGGCUUGUUUUUUGAGCAGCAAGCAUUAUCUCAUUCAAUCGUAUUUAUUGAGCGCUUACUGUGUGCAGAGCACCAUACUAGCGCUUGGGAAGUACAAACCGGCAAUGUAUAGAGACGGUCUCUACCCGACAACGGGCUCACAGAGGAACUGGAAUUUGAGAAAUGGCACUGCGAAGGUAGGGCGGAGUUGGGGGACAGAAAUUUCUGGGAUUUCGUGGACCUCAAGUUUCAUCCUUUGAAGGGAGUGAGUGAUGGAGCCCAAGAACAAAGUGAUAAUUUGCCAGGGUUUCUAGUUCUUCUCCUCCUGCAGUCUUACCUAAGUGGGGAGCUUCUAUAAAACACGGGAGGGUAAUGCCCAGCUAUAUUCCACACAAUUUAAGGUAAAGGGGGUCCAGUUGCUGCUCUGAGUGGCCCCCAAAUGAGGAUUUUCCUUCUGAUAAAAGAAAACCUGCUCUUCCAAGUGUACUUCAGAUACCUGGGUCUGCAGUAGAAGUGGUGGAAAACUAUAUAAUCCACUCAAAGAGAAAAUGGAUAAGCAGCAACCGAUAAAUGGUAGCUCUCUGGCCCAAGUAAGGUGGAGUGCACCAAGACAAUUUUUUUUUCCUAGGAGCAGUUUAAGGAAUUGCCAAUGGAGCUGGAAUUUUAAAUGAACUUAUGUUUUACCUCUGAGUUGUAUGGUGUAAGUUCGUUUGGGUGGACAAAGGUAGUUGCAAACGCCCGCAAGUCACCUCUGUUCUUGUUUGUGUUACCUUUGCCCCGUGUCACCCCAGGUCACUCCUACGGCCUUCAAAAUGGGGGAGAAUCAAGCUCGUUGGAGUCUGUGAUCUCUUCUCAAAUUUACACGCUCCAUGUAGCCAACCCGAGUCUCGUGGCCUCAUAUCUCGGCAAAGACUCAACGAUGGUGGUAUUUGUUAAGCGCUUAGUAUGUGCCAGGCACUGAGCACUCAAAGACAAUCCGUGGUAUAGACAGCUCUUGAGCUAAGGUGUUUCGAAUUGGGACGAGCGACACUUUUACUAUUUCUACAUAUCCAUCCUGUUUCAUCUUUCAGUACUAGCCUUCUUUGGGGCAUUCAUCUCUGGGGAUGGGGGUGGUGAUAGCCAGUGGAUGGGGCGAGAGGAGAAGGAGAUUAAUAGCAAGCAGCGUGGCAGGUUGGAAAGAGCACAGGCCUGGGACCUAAUGUUGGCCCUGCCACUUGUCUGCUAUGUGACCUUGGGCA